AUGCGCUUCUCGACGCUUGCCAUCUUGUUCGCUUGUGCUCUCGUAGCCACUGUAAGUACUCUUCCAUCCUAAAAUUGCAUUUCAUCAUCUAUCUGUGUUGUGUGUAGGGCAGCGUGAUCCGUGAGAAGAGACAGUGUGGAUGUGCUCAGCCACAACAGAGCCAGUGCUCGUGCCAACAGGCCCAACAGACUCAGUCGUGCUCGUGCCAAUCGACUCCAGUCCAACAGCAAUCAUCGUCGUGCUCUUGCGCUCAGCCACAACAGACUCAGACGGUGCAGGUAGAAGACUCGUGAGUGCAGACGAAGGAAUGAAUGGGUGCAAGUUACAGGUACAAUCCUCGCAGUGCGCGCCCGCUUGCCAACAGAGCUGUUCCCAACAGUGCCAGUCGAGCCCGUCGGUGUCGCAAUGCCAGCCAGUGUGCCAGCAACAGUGCAACGCGGCGUGCGACUCUCCGUCCACCACCACCACCCAGGCCCCCCAAGUCAUCCAGAUCCAGCUCGACAUUCAAUGCCAGCCACAAUGCCAGCAACAGUGCCAGUCUUCGUGUGCCCAACAGCAGCAGCCGUCGAGCCAGUGCGACUCUGCCUGCAACUCCCAGUGCUCCAACAUGUGCCAGCAGUCCGCCCAGGCCACCCAGCAAGUCGUCUCGAACACGCAGUACUACGAUGCGUACAGCAACCAGAACAACCAAGGAUCGUCGAACUGUGCGGCUGCCUGCCAGCCAGCCUGCGACUCCUCGUGCACCUCCUCCUCCCAACAGACCGCCGUCGCCCCUGAUGUACAACAACCCGUACGACACGACGAGCGAAGCGCCGGCGCAGGCGGUCAUCCAGAUCGUGCUGCAGACUUCCGUCGCCCAGUCGGCCCAGUGCACUCCGCAAUGCGAGCAGUCGUGCCAGCAGCAGUGCGUCCAGCAGCAACAGCCCGCUUCUCAGUGCCAGACUGCCUGCCAGUCCUCCUGCUCCAACUCCUGCCAGGCUUCUCAACCGGCCACCACUGCCUGCCAGCAGAGCACCACUUCUUCUUCCAACUCGUGCUCCUGUCAGGCCAACUACUCUCCGUGCGGAAACGGACAGUGCUGCCGCAGAAAGUAG